AUGAUUGAGCCUAAAGGUGGAUUUUUAAACAUCAUUGGAAUGCCUCGUGCUCUCCUUGAUAUUGAUUUUGCAAAAUCUCAGUACUUUGCUUUUAAUCGACUCAAGGGUAUUAAAUUCGAUAACAUUUUUGAAAACGAGAAUAGGACUAGAGGAACAACUAUAAAUAGCAAACUUGACUUGGAAUUAAACUAUAUUCAAGCCAAGGUUACAAAAUUGAAUAAAAAGACUUCUGAAUACCAAAUGGAAAAGACGCUUAAAACUUAUUCCCUUAAAUUUAAUUAA